AUUAACCGCAGCUACCGUCUGCAGUGAGCGGCUGUACGAGCCUACUCUCGGAUCUUGACAGUACACUCCGUGCAUUGAUGGCGGACAGUUCGCUUUCUCAACUCCUGCAAAUCACUCCUUCUUGGAAAAAGUUUAACCAGACCUGGAACUGAUAUAUGGAUGUUGGUAUCGCUGAUGAAGACACAAAAGGAGAUCAACUUUCAUAAAAACCAACUGGAUUUUAACGGCAUGCCUUUAUCAACAAGGAAAGUUCUUCAAUCCAUCUGUUUUAUGAUUUAAUAAACCAGGACCUCAUUAUCAUUAUCAUGUUUCUUGGACUAGUGGAACAUAAUUGCCGAUCCGCAAACAUGGAGAGAACAUUAUCUUUCAGGACUGCACGGUUGAUUAUAGGUUUUAUAUUAACAAUACACUUAGGGGGAGCAGCUUCGAUGAAAUACGUGGAACCUUAUGGAGAUAAUGUUUGUUCUCGAGUCACUAGUGUCACCAAUGUGCAAAGAAUACCAAUGAGUGGUAUACAGACCAAGAAGUUUCGAUACAUGACAAAGUGCAGUGUGUUUGGUGUAGCGAUGUGCAGUAGAUACAGGCUUGUAUACGUGAAUGCCUUUCGUGAGCUGAUAUCGACUCAGUACGCUGUGCGACCUGGGUGUUGUAAAGGUUACCUCCAAGACGGUACUUUGUGUGUAGAGGCGCCACCAACGACAAGUCCCCCUCGGACAUCUACAAGGAACCCUUCUACAGUCAAGACCGAAACGGUGAGGGCGCCCUUUGGCGGCGUGGCUCCAAGAGGAUCAUCGGGUGGCUACCCUAUCAAGGACGGAUCAGGAGCCUCCAAGGGCCAGUCUGGUCAUCAGGAUGAGGUGCUCAUUGAUCAGGAAGGGGGCUACUUCGAAGUGAAUCCUGAUUACAAGGGACCUGCGGUGGACCGAGUAUUGCCUUUGAUUGCGUCUGGUGUUGCAGGGGUCAUUACACUGACCGCUGUGGUAGCGUUCGUGCUGAUAGUCAUUAACAGAAGGAGAAGGAGGAGAAACAAAGUCCAACCGGGAUUUCAUGACUCUGUUCGGUUCCGCACUAACAACCAGCCGAAGGGCACGACUAAGCUCGAGAUGAAACGAAUGUCAACGGAGAAAUCCUCAGCACAUGCCCUGGCGCUUGCUGCUACCAUGACGAAUACAAAGGCAUCCAAGAAAUUCAAGAGAUUGUCUCGAAAAGAUGGACCAUACGUGGAAAUAUCAGAUAUUCCUGGGACAACUUUUGUCAGAGUCACCUCACAGACUGAACAAACGUUACGAGAAGACCUACAGAACAACCAAGUACAUGCUGCAAUCAUUAACAAUAGGAGAAGCUUGAAUGAAUCCCAAAGAAAACAAAGAAGUCCUGUGAAGCGUGGUGGCUCUAUGAAGAUUGUCCCUCAAUACGCCGUGGUCAACAAGCUCAGAAAACCUGACAACGACUGUGAUGAGCUGUUAGCCAACAACAAGAAACAGAAGAAUAAUAAUGACCUUGAGGAGAACCUCCACGGAGCAUACCAUGCAUUUACCCUAGAGCAUCAAGAUACAGGCGAUUUAGCACCGCUCUACGCGGAUCCCAAUCAGAAGCCACAGAACAAGUCGAGUACGUGGGCAUGUCGGGUGGGCUCAAGUCUCAAGGACAGUCCUGUUAAAGGUGCUGGUACACUCACACCAGGGAACGUCCUAGCUCUGGUCAAGCAGAGCAACCUGAGAGAAACCUCAAAACUCUUCACGAGCUGCGGCGGUGGUGUCGGGAGCCGUCGCCUAUCAUCAGGGUACAGCAACAAAGAUGAUGAUUCGGAAAACUCGAGCGGGUACAGCUCACUCCGACAUAGCACCGAGGGAGAACCAGACAACAUGUAUGGGAAGCUAAACCACGCUACCAGCGUGAAACCAACGAGUCCUACAGACACCAAGAGUCAGACAGCCUCGUUAGAAGCAUCAGACGACAACGACUACGAUAAACUUAGACGAGGGCCCAAGUCAAGAACACUGGGGAUGAAGUGGGCUACCUCGGGACACUACGAGACUUUAGGCGUCGACGAAAGCUGAUGUUCACGUUCAUAAAGCUUUUCUAAAGGACAAAAAGAGAGAAAAGAAGAAAGGAAAGACUUGGUCCUAGGACUGUGUCGUUGUCAGAUUAAAAUCACUAGCCAGAGGAAGCGGAAGCAAUGACACAAUGUGUGGACUAACUUUACGUACUUUGUUGGAAUGCGGUGUGAAUCAUAUACAAACUGAUAUGAGGAGAAGUGCCGGUUGGUAAUCACUACUAACUUAAAUGUGACAAUGAUUCGAUGUGAUUAUACAUUUGGUGAUUUUUCUUUCAACUGAUUGUUAUGAUGACGUAAAUCACAUGCUUCAUGUGAUUUAUAUUGAUUGUAAAUCAAUACCGUAUUUGUUCAGAAUCAUUCAAAAUAGAGCACCCAUGACCAUGAUGAUGCAGAUUGAAAACGGACUGUGUUAUGAUGACAUAGAUCCAUAGGUUAACCAUCAACAAAAUGACUUGGUGAUUUGAUAGGUUUCAUUGAGCUACUGUACCUUAGCUAUUCUUGCAAACACUUUCUACUUAACUUUCGACAGUGGCGUACCAAGAAAUUGUGCCAAAAGUGGUGUGUGUGUGGGGGGGGGGGGGUAGAUUUUCGCCUGUUCACCUUUGCUGGAUACGCCACUGACCUAUCAUAGUCUCCAAUGUGUCGACAUGAUGUGGGUUUUGAAACAUAAUUUAUUUAAUUUUAAGUUGUCUGUAAGGAAUGUUAUCAUAAUAUGGGAAAGAAUUUCAAUUCUCAUGAUAAUUCUAGUAAAGCGAGUCUUUAUUUUGAGAUUGAUGGUCAAGUUAACCUCGUUUAUGACCUGAUCGUCGAUUCAUAUACCUUUUUUCAAAGAUACAAAAGUGAUUGAAAUGUUGUGAUUUGUGCUUUUAUAAGAAUCAAGAGAAAUGUAUAUAGAAAGAUUAUAAAUUUUGUACUGUUUACAUGUAAAUACUGCUGUAAGAACGUAUCUAUACAGUCUAACGUAUUCAGUUUAUAUUAUUCAUUUACAAUGGCAACAGCCUUAAAGUUUGA